AUGGGAAAUGCGGCAUCCGGUGGAUCAUCUGGAACGUCAAGAUCACGAGGUGGUGGUGGUGGAGCGUCUUCUGGAAACGACUACAACAAUUCAAUGGUGUUCUCGAAUGGGCGAUUAGCCGCCGCGGAGACUAUGCCCCUUCUUCUUCUUCUUUUUGCUUGCAUAAAAGAGAUCCCCAGGGUAUCUGAAGACGUUGGUAGCAAAAAAUGA